GUGAGUGUGCGGUUCACGGGGACCUGGGAGUAAGCUCUGCUGGGAAAUCUCUGCCUGUCUCGGGAGAAGCCAGCGUUGGGGAAGAUGUUUGCGGUGCAUUUGAUGGCGUUUUACUUCACCAAGCUGAAGGAGGACCAGAUCAAGAAGGUGGACAGGUUCCUGUAUCACAUGCGGCUCUCUGACGAGACCCUAUUGGACAUCAUGGCGCGGUUCCAGGUUGAGAUGGAAAAGGGCCUGGCAAAGGACACCAACCCCACAGCCUCGGUGAAGAUGCUGCCCACCUUUGUCAGGGCCAUUCCGGAUGGCUCAGAAAACGGGGAGUUCCUCGCCCUGGAUCUUGGAGGCUCCAAGUUUCGCGUCUUGAAGGUGCAGGUCUCCGCAGAGGGGAAGCGCAAUGUCCAGAUGGAGAGUCAGUUCUACCCCACGCCCAACGAGAUCACCCGUGGGAACGGCUCCGAGCUGUUUGAGUACGUAGCUGACUGCCUGGCCGAUUUCAUGAAGACCAAAGAGUUGAUGCACAAGAAGCUGCCACUCGGCUUCACCUUCUCUUUUCCCUGCAGACAGACCAAGCUGGAGGAGGGCGUCCUACUUUCAUGGACCAAGAAAUUCAAGGCACGUGGCGUCCAGGACACGGAUGUAGUGAGCCGCCUGACCCAAGCCGUGAAAAAGCAUAAGCAGGACAUGGAUGUCGACAUCCUGGCCUUGGUCAAUGACACCGUGGGGACCAUGAUGACAUGUGCCUACGACGACCCCUACUGCGAAGUUGGAGUCAUCAUCGGCACCGGCACCAACGCGUGCUACAUGGAGGACAUGAGCAACAUCGACCUAGUGGAGGGCGACGAGGGCAGGAUGUGCAUCAACACGGAGUGGGGGGCCUUCGGUGACGACGGUGCCCUGGAAGACAUCCGCACCGAGUUUGACAGGGAGCUGGACCUUGGCUCGCUCAACCCGGGGAAGCAGCUGUUUGAAAAGAUGAUCAGCGGCCUGUACCUGGGGGAGCUCGUCAGGCUCAUCCUGCUGAAGAUGGCCAAGACUGGCCUCCUGUUUGGUGGCCAGAAGUCCUCUGCUCUCCACACCAAGGGCAAGAUCGAAACACAGCACGUGGCUGCCAUGGAGAGGUAUAAAGAAGGCCUGGCCAAUACAAGAGAGAUCCUGGUGGAUCUGGGCCUGGAGCCGUCCGAGGCCGACUGCAUUGCCGUCCAGCAUGUCUGCACCAUCGUCUCCUUCCGCUCGGCCAACCUCUGUGCUGCCGCCCUGGCAGCCAUCCUGACCCGCCUCCGGGAGAACAAGAGGCUGACACGGCUCCGGACCACCGUGGGCAUGGACGGCACGCUCUACAAGAUCCACCCCCAGUACCCCAAACGCCUGCACAAAGUAGUGCGGAAACUGGUCCCCAACUGUGACGUCCGCUUCCUCCUGUCGGAGAGUGGCAGCACCAAGGGGGCCGCCAUGGUGACCGCGGUGGCCUCCCGCGUGCAGGCCCAGCGGAAGCAGAUCGACGAGGUGCUGGCUCUGUUCCGGCUGACCCUCGAGCAGCUUGUGGGUGUGCAGGACAGGAUGCGGGCUGAGCUCGAGUUUGGGCUGAAGAAGAAGACCCACCCUCUGGCCACGGUCAAGAUGCUGCCCACCUACGUCUGCGGGAUGCCCGACGGCACAGAGAAAGGGAAAUUCCUCGCCCUGGACCUGGGGGGCACCAACUUCCGGGUCCUCCUGGUGAAGAUCAGAAGUGGGCGGAGGUCGGUGCGGAUGUACAACAAGAUAUUCGCCAUCCCACUGGAGAUCAUGCAGGGCACUGGCGAGGAGCUGUUUGACCACAUCGUGCAGUGCAUCGCCGACUUCCUGGAGUACAUGGGCCUCAAGGGAGCCCGGCUACCUCUGGGCUUCACGUUCUCGUUUCCCUGCAGGCAGGCAAGCAUCGACAAGGGAACACUCAUAGGAUGGACCAAAGGCUUUAAGGCCACCGACUGUGAAGGGGAGGACGUGGUGGACAUGCUCAGGGAAGCUAUCAAGAGGAGAAAUGAGUUUGACCUGGACAUAGUUGCAGUUGUCAAUGACACAGUGGGAACCAUGAUGACCUGUGGCUAUGAAGAUCCCAACUGUGAGAUUGGCCUGAUUGCAGGAACAGGCAGCAACAUGUGCUACAUGGAAGAGAUGCGGAACAUCGAGCUGGUGGAAGGGAACGAAGGGAAGAUGUGCAUCAACACAGAGUGGGGAGGCUUUGGAGACAACGGCUGCCUGGAUGACAUCCGGACCCAGUACGACAAGGAGGUGGAUGAGGGCUCCUUGAAUCCCGGCAAACAGAGGUACGAGAAGAUGACCAGUGGGAUGUACCUGGGCGAGAUUGUGCGGCAGAUCCUGAUCGGCCUCACCAGGCAGGGCCUCCUCUUCCGAGGGCAGAUUUCAGAGCGGCUCCGGACCAGGGGCAUCUUCGAGACCAAGUUCCUGUCCCAGAUUGAAAGCGACCGCCUGGCCCUUCUCCAGGUGCGGAGGAUCCUGCAGCAGCUGGGCCUGGACAGCACGUGCGAGGACAGCAUUGUGGUGAAGGAGGUGUGCGGCGUCGUGUCCCGGCGGGCAGCCCAGCUCUGUGGUGCCGGCCUGGCUGCCAUCGUGGAAAAGAGGAGGGAAGACCAGGGGCUGGAGCGCCUGAGGAUCACCGUGGGUGUGGACGGCACCCUGUACAAGCUACACCCCCACUUUUCUCGGAUAUUGCAGGAGACUGUGAAGGAGUUGGCUCCUCGAUGCGAGGUGACUUUCAUGCUGUCAGAGGAUGGCAGUGGGAAGGGAGCAGCUCUCAUCACCGCUGUGGCCAAGCGGUUGCAGCAGCCGCGGAAGGAGAACUAGGAGCCCCGCCUUGGGCCUGACGCGCCUGGCAUCCCGACCAGCCUUUCCUGCGGCAGAGGAGCUGCCCGCGGACCAUCGGGCUGACUUCACCCCGUGGACGGCCGAAAGAGAACCCCAGGUUCUCGGGUGUGCUCUUAGUGUCUUGUUACUUGCUUUACAGUGGCAUAUAAUGGCACCUCUCUCUCGUGUACUUGGGCCAAAGAUGGGCCAACUUAGGAAAUCAAAGGGUCUGGCUCGCGAGAGCCCCUUUCAGCAGAUUUUUCAGCUGAAGCCUGAGCUGUCAGCUCUGUGUGGCUCUGGGUCCUGUGGCUGCUGAACUUGGAAACAUGUCCAGAAUCUGGCCAUGUGGCCUGGCUGGCUGAGGCCCUGCCGUGAUGUGUAAGCUGCCGCUUUUACUGACUGGGCCCUCAACUGUGGAUGAACAUUGAGAGGGAGAGGGACUCAGUGUAAGGUGUCUUUAGCUCGUCAUGUCGACAUCCAAGUGAAGGAGGAGCCUUUGAGUGUCCAGCCCCAGGAAGCCCAGGGCUUGGUUGCCAUGGGGCCCUGCAGGAAUUCCUGUCAUGCUGCAGGCGAGCCGUGUCAGCGCCCUGUGGAGUUUUCUUCCUUCCUGAGUGUGUGACGGAGCGGGGUGUUGCCCGGGGCAUCUGUUUGCCAUUUUACAUGUGGCUGUGUGGCUGCUGUUGGUAGCUGUUUU